AUAGGCAAGAGAGAGCAGGUUUUCUGCUAAUAACAAAUGGCUGGUAGAGCUCGGCUUAAUAAGCAUAAUCGCCUCACUCUGAUUGGUUAAUGUACAGUGGCGCGACAGAUUCACGAGAAGCCCUCCGGGCCUGCUUGAUCGAAUGGACUGGCUUCCAAUGUCUCCCCGGAAAUUCGAAUUCCUGCCGAGAUUUUGCACCAAAUUUGGCUGCAAGCAGUCGUGACUCUGGGAUUUCACAACGCAUAACACCUUGGAAUUUGUAGCUGGUGGGCUCUUGUUUGCAUUCUUUUAGAUUCUAGUUCACAUCAGAGUUAACGAAGUUGAACGGUCCUAUUUUUUACUUGCUUGAAUGAACUUUGGAUGCCCUCGAGCGGCACGUGUAUGACAACUUACAUAUCAUGAAAUCAUUUCUAGCGGGGCAAUUUUUUUUUUUUUUUUCGGUGCGUACUUUAUUCCAGUUCAACCAACGCGAUUUCAUUUUGCAUUUAUGUCGCUGCUUUCAGACUCUGUCCCCGAAAGGAAAAAAAAGAAAACCAAAUUCAUCUUGCUCGGAUUUGAUCUCUUUCAGCCAUAAUGAAUUCCAUCUACAGGUCAGUAAUAAUUAGAGUUUGUUUUGGGCUUAGUGUUGAGACAAAAAAGGGCUGCAUUUGUUUGUUUAAACAGUCCGCGUGUAAAUAAUGAUUGCGAUGUUACAUCUAGUAAUUAACAACCCAAACCUUUGACUUUUUUUUUUCUUUUCACCCACUGCAUUCUCUACCCAGUUGUUUCAUUCAUGAGACCGCUUUUUUUCAAGAACUGAUUUUACUGCCGAUCCUAGGCUUGCACACACGCUCUCUCACUUGGUCACGGAGCUGCAAGAAUUUUAUGCAAGGGUCGAUGCUAUUAGCGGUAAGUUAAGUUAUAGAGUUACAGUAAUUCUUCAAGUGCCUAAUGUUAUUUUUGAAAUGAUUCUUGCAGAUUUUCUGCUGAAGCCAGUUCAUGUUUAUUUUAUUUAUUUUGGCUUGAUUAUAAACAAAUAACCCUCAAGUAUACACUACCCAAGAGGGGAUAGAAGAGAUUAAAAAUUACCCUCAGGUAUACACUACCCAAGAAGGUAUAAAAGCGAUUAAAAAUAACCCUCAGGUAUACACUACCCAAGAGGGUAUAAAUUAGCGAUUAAAAAUAACCCUCAGGUAUACACUACCCAAGAGGGUCUAGAAGAGAUUGAAAAUAACCCACAGGUAUACACUACCCAAGUGGGUAUAGAAGAGAUUAAAAAUAACCCUCAGGUAUACACUGCCCAAGAGGGUAUUAAAGUGAUUAAAAAUAACCCUCAGGUCUACACUACCCAAGAGGGUCUAGAAGAGAUUGAAAAUAACCCUCAGGUAUACACUACCCAAGAGGGUAUAAAAGCGAUUAAAAAUAACCCUCAGGUAUACACUACCCAAGAGGGUAAAGAAGGGAUUAAAAAUAACCCUCAGGUAUACAUUACCCAAGAGGGUAUAAAAGCAAUUAAAAACAACCCUCAGGUAUACACUACCCAAGAGGGUAAAGAAGAGAUUAAAAAUAACCCUCAGGUAUACACUACCCAAGAGGGUAUAGAAGAGAUUAAAAAUAACCCUCAGGUAUACACUACCCAAGAGGGUAUAAAUUAGCGAUUAAAAAUAACCCUCAGGUAUACACUAUCCAAGAGGGUAUGGAGGAGAUUAAAAAUAACCCUCAGGUAUACACUACCCAAGAGGGUAUAGAAGAGAUUAAAAGUAACCCUCAGGUAUACACUACCCAAGGGUCUAGAAGAGAUUGAAAAUAACCCUCAGGUAUACACUACCCAAGAGGGUCUAGAAGAGAUUGAAAAUAACCCACAGGUAUACACUACCCAAGUGGGUAUAGAAGAGAUUAAAAAUAACCCUCAGGUCUACACUACCCAAGAGGGUCUAGAAGAGAUUGAAAAUAACCCUCAGGUAUACACUACCCAAGAGGGUAUAAAAGCGAUUAAAAAUAACCCUCAGGUAUACACUACCCAAGAGGGUAAAGAAGGGAUUAAAAAUAACCCUCAGGUAUACAUUACCCAAGAGGGUAUAAAAGCAAUUAAAAACAACCCUCAGGUAUACACUACCCAAGAGGGUAAAGAAGGGAUUAAAAAUAACCCUCAAGUAUACAUUACCCAAGAGGGUAUAAAAGCAAUUAAAAACAACCCUCAGGUAUACACUACCCAAGAGGGUAAAGAAGGGAUUAAAAUUAACCCUCAGGAAUACAAUACCCAAGAGCACAUGGAGGAGAUUAAAAUAACCCUCAGGUAUACACUACCCAAGAGGGUAUGAAAGCAAUUAAAAAUAACCCUCAGGUAUACACUACCCAAGAGGGUAUAGAAGAGAUUAAAAGUAACCUUAAAGUAUACGCUACCCAAGAAGGUAUGGCAGAGAUUAAAAAUUUCCCUCAGGUAUACUCUACCACAUUUGGACUGAUUCCACAUUAACUUUUCUUCAGCACAUACCAGUGCAUUUUGGGGUCGAGAUUGGAUCCCAUAAAUUUAGAAAGGUCAGCCAAUCAAUCAAAGACUCAGGCCUACAUAAUGAGAUUGCACCAAGGGAUUCCGAUCCAAUAUUUAUUGUACUUCUUUAUUGUAAUUUGCACGAAGGUGAAGUAUUCAUUGUUAAGUGAACCUCUAACUUAUAAUCAACAGGUUUAAGUAACCAUGUAGACACCUACCAACUGCAAGUGUUAAUGCAAUUCUCAACAUCGUAGAAUGCAUGCUGCAAAUCUUUUCAGGGCCAAAGCUCCUUAUGAUCACCUGCAAGGUUGUCAAGGUAACCAGAUGACGCCCAAAGCAAACUCUGUCAUCUUAUUUCAGGUUUUCUUCCUAUUUUUUCAGAUCCAAGAACUAAGAAAUGGCUCUUUGUACCAUCCAUAUGGUCACCUGUUAUAGCAGUUUUAGUUUACUGGCUUCUUGUUUGGCUGCUCCCAAAGAUUAUGAGGUCCAGAGAGGCUUUUCAACUCACAAGCUGCUUAGUAAUAUACAAUGCUGCUUUAACACUUCUGAAUUUAUACAUCUUUGUUGAGGUAACAGGGCAAAUAAAAUCUUAGUUGCACCAUACUUUAAUGUCCCAGAAAUCAUAUAAUUUUAUCUUGAAUAUAUUCCUACUUGCAGUAAUGUUGUUACAGAAAAAAAGGAAAAAGACAAAUUCAAUGUGAUAGCAUUGUAGGGUAUAGAACAAGUAUACAAAAUUAGUAUAUAAUUCUCAUUUUGAAAUUUUGGAAUUUUUUUAUUUAAAAGUAACAAUAUUGAAUUCAUACAAUUCGUUUUUCUGCAGGUCUUGGUUGCAACUACAGAUGCUGGUUACAGUUAUUCCUGUCAAGAGCUCUCAAUGACUUAUAAGCCAAAGGAGAUGAGGGUAUGUUAUUCCAGAUUCUUUUUGGAAACAAACAAUUGAUCACCUCUACCAAUUUUUGCAUAAAAUGUGAUGAUUUAGAGCAGACUCCACCCUAGAUUGAAAAGACUAACCAAAGGAGAUAGGAUGAGGAAAAAAAUCAAACUCCACCUAGAAGCAACUUUACAUUUUAAUUAACUUUUGCCAGAAAAAUUGUGGCUUAAUGGUUAAUGAGCUGGACUCCUGGGAGACGUAGCUGGCUCCUCUCUCCACCUUGUAAAUUGGUACAGGUUAACCUCUAAGCUCCCAGAAGUGAUAAACAAGUAACUUCUCCCUACAAUAUUCAUCCACUAUCUAGCAAACAGGUAUUGAGAAUACUCAAACUUAUCAGAUAGAUCUUGAUCUAACAUAAAAUCCUCAUAACUAACUUUUAGUUACAAGGAAAUGUAUAAUUCUUGAAUGAAGGGGGUGAGUCUCUGAAGAAACUGUGGUGCUGUGUCAAUGGGAAAGUAUUACAAGGGAAUUUGGCAUUAUCAUAUAAAUUGAUAGCAUAGAUUAGUCACUGUUAACCCUUCAACUCCUAACAUCUGAUUGUUAAUUCUCCCCUCUAGCUGCUAUACAUUUCCUUGUAAAUUAGUUAUGAGAACUUGGUGCUAGAUCAAGAUAGCAGCUUCUACCUGAUAAGUUUGAAUGUUCUCAUUACUUGUUUGCUGAUUUAUGUAUGGAUAUUAUAGGGAGAAGUUUCAUGUUAAUCACUUCUGAGGGUUAAAGGGUUAAGAGUUUCAAAGCUGACAUUUUGAGUGCUAGCACUUGCUCAGCGCUUUAGCACUUUGCUCUGAUGAAGAGCUAACGAUUCAAGUAUCAGCUUUGAAGCUCUUAAUAGUGGCCAAUUUAUGUUAUCAACUCAGUUGAUGAUACUAAAUUCCCCUUUGUUACUUCUUAUGGGUUAAUACUAACUCAUUCAUUUUUCUUUGAAGAUUGCCUCAGUUCUUUGGUGGUUCUAUUUCUCCAAAAUUGUGGAGCUUUUCGAUACAGUAAGUUGAUGCUCUUUAACCUUUUAAACCCUGAAAUCAGUAUGCAUCUUCCCCAUACUGUUCUCUCUACAUUUCCUAAUGUGCUGGCAAGGAGAAUUUGUUUAACAAUCAAGAGGUUCUUCAGUUGAUUAUCAUUUCCUUUAUUCUCAUGACCUUAAUGUUUGAUUCAGGGAUGAUAUUGAAAGGAGAAAUUAGAUCCUAGUCACUUUCAGGGAUUAAAGGGUUAAGGGCUCUUUGUAGGAUUGUGCAUGACAAAUAAUUUACCAUUCUUAAGAAAUGUUGUGGGAAAUUUGAAUGUUCAAUUUAUUAUAUGCUCUUCAUUCAAGAAAAGAAACCCAAACAGAACACUCAAUCUGACUCAAAACGAUUGAGUUCUUCAUUAACACUCUCUACAUUUCACAUUGUAGAGUUUUUAAUCACAUGCAACAAGACUUUCACAUGCAUUCUCAGUUCAUGUAUGUAAAGAACUUGCAGUGAUUUGACUUUUAGAAUUUGAAAAUAAUGAUCAUAUCAUAAAAAUGUCAUUGUAAAUUAUUAUGGCUGAUUUUUGUUCAUAAUUGUUUGCCUAAAGCCUCUGCUACUAGAGUUUAAACUUGUUUUGAGUUUUAGAGGCCAUGUUAUAUUACAUCACCAUGCAGUGCUAGAGAUUUGACUGUAACUCUCUAACUUUGGACAUAAUGAGUAUGUCAUGUAGGCACACAGUAUUCAAACUGCGUGAUCAUGCAGGCUGUGAAGGGGCCAAUAUUUCCUAGAAUUUUGUUCUUUUAUGCCAAUAUUUUCUGCUUCAAUUUUAAGUUUUUUCUGGAAAGUGGCAUUCUGUAAAGACUCAAAAUGACAGUUUUCACUGAUUUUAAAAGACAAAAAAUAGAUCUUGUUAUUAAGUCUAUUUGGAAAAUUUGUUACUGUUCAAACAAAUAUUGUGUCUUUGCAUCAACACUCUUCAGAUCAGGACUAAUUGUGGUUUAUUGUUUUGGCAGAUGUUUUUCCUCCUUCGUAAGAAGAACAACCAAGUAUCUUUUCUUCAUGUGUACCACCACACAACAAUGGUUUGUCUAUGGUGGAUUGGAAUCAAAUGGGUUGCUGGUGGGCAGUGUAAGUUGCAUCUCAUUGUGUUGGUAAGAAUGGGAGGGGAAUGUGAAUGGAAUUCAUCAGUGGACAUUCCACAAGGUGGCUCUUCUUGUCCACUGUUUCCAGGUUGAAUUAGAAUUUGAAAUGUUGGUUCUUUGGAGAGAGGAAAACUGAAGGAACCAGUCGAGAGUAAACCCUCUAAGCAAGGAUGAGAACAAAUUACAAACUCAACCCACAUGUGGCACCAGAGGCCUGUUUCUCAAACAUACUGGUAACGUUAGGCCAGUAAAGCUGCUCUGUUUUCAUUCAAGGUGGCAAUUUCAAAAAUUUUGAAAAUUAUACAAGAAAAAAAUUAAUAUAAGCUAAAGAUAAAAAAAAUGAACAGGCUAGGAUGCCAGAACCAGCUUCUCCAUCCUUUAAAUUUUGAUUUUAAAGUGUGGCUUUGAGCUUGUUAAGUUAGGGGUACUUUUGAGAAAAGGACCUUUGGUCAAGGGAAAUCAAAACUGGGACACAAUGGUGAGAGGUGAGUGCUCUCACCAUUAUGCCAUGCUAGUUCUGUUGAUUUGGUACACAAUAUUACAAUAUUUUUGGGAAAAGUUCAAUAAGAAUAGCUGCCAUUUGGCAUCAUUGAUGAUAUGCUGGGUUAUUUCCUAGCAGACAUCAUCUGUUCUGAAGUGAAAAUAGUUUUGGUCCCAGCUAGACAAAUAUCAUAUGAAUUGUCCAUUAAUAAAAGCUGUUGUGUUUAUUGUCCUUCAAAUAGUUUAUACAGCACAUGUUACAAAAUGUUUACUAAUAGCAUGCUGCAGGAGACUUCUAAAUUCAGGAGUAUGUACACUUUUUAAAGUGACUACAUGAACAAAAAAGUUUUCUCUAGUUUUAUAGUAAAAGAAAAUUGUUUUCCAUCUUGAAUCAACUUUCGAAUGAAAGGUUUGACCAUUGGGGAAUAUCAUCAGGAAAUAACACUGGAUAUCCCCCAUUUUUAGCAUCAGACACAAGCCAAAAUAUGAGAUGGGUUAUUCUUGUCAAGUUUCAUCCCUGAAUCAAACAUUAAGGUCAUGAGAAUAAAGGAAAUGAUAAUCAACUGAAGAAGCUCUUGAUUGUUAAACAAAUUCUCCUUGCCAGCACAUCAGGAAAUGUAUAGAGAACAGUAUGGAGAAGAUGCAUACUGAUUUUAGGGUUUAAAAAAGAUAAGACAAGGCAGCUUUAUAUUCCCAAUGGUUUAACAAAAUAUUGCAUCAUUUUUUAUAAAAAUAAAGAGGGAUUACACAGUUGCCCUUAAAAAAACAGUAAUUAUUCUGGUUUUUUUCCCCAAUAUACAGCCUUUCUUAGUGCAAUGAUUAAUUCUCUGGUGCAUGUAUUCAUGUACACAUACUAUGGGAUGUCAGCUAUUCCAAGUCUGCGGAAAUACCUUUGGUGGAAAAAGCAUUUGACACAGUUUCAAUUGGUGAGAGUCUUUUUUCCAUCAUACUUAUUUAUUUAAUUCAUUUAUACAUUUUAUUCAUUUAUACUUUUUAUUCAUUUAUACUUAUUUGAUUUAUUGACUGUGUAACACCCUUCUAUAGUUAAUAUCAGCUUGUAUUUUGUUGAGUUUUUGUUUUGUCUCAUUUUAAGUUGAACUUAGAAUGCAAUCUUGCAGCGUUGUCUGUUGAGUCUUGCAAUAGAAGCCUGAUAUUCAGGCCUCUGUAACUUGUUGUAAUCCAUGUAGAAUCAUAAUUAUGCUGUAGACAGGGAUUUCAAUAACUCCUAUAAAAUCUUUAACCGCCAUGAGUGACCACGAUAGAAUUUCUCCUCGGGAUUUAUCAUUACAAUAUCAAGCAGAUAACUGAGAACAAAGAAAAGUAUCCAUAAGGGGAUCACUAAUUGAUCCAAUACCCAAUUCUCCAAACUAACAGAAUAAGUAAUGGCAUGUGGGAGUGAAAGGUUUAAGGGGUUGCUGGUCUAAAAGCCAACUGUGCAUCAAGGGAAAAACCCAAAUGCUUGCUCGCUUGCUGAGGAAUAGGUCAUUACUUAUGUAGAGGGAAGGAGGGUAAAAUUUGUUGGAAAGAUCAAAAUUUCUAUAAUUCCCCCCCCCCCCUCCUUCCAGGCCAUGCAAAUAGCAAGUGACCCCUCCCUCUUUAUUCAAUAUUUAUGAUGACCCUCUCAUCUCCUUCAGUAUCCCCCCUUAUAUGCCUAGUAAUUAUUAAACUUCAUGUCACAUACAACCAUAAGAUGCUUACUUUGCGUAACACCCAACUUGGAUAAUGGACCACCCUUAAAUAUACUUCAAACUAAUGACCCCCAGAAUUUCUAAACAAAAUUAAUUUAGCCACCCCCCUCUUGCCAAUCUGUCAAUCAAUCCCCCCCUUAUUUUUAUCUCCUUUUCCCUAUACAUGAAUAAUGACCAGUUCCAAAACAGAUGGUAAUGAGAGGUACAUCUUACAGGUGUUGGUAAACUGUCAGUAUUAAGCUUUUAUCGAAAGCCCUGACUAUAAUUUAUUAAUUAAAUUUUGAUAUUUCCACUGAUUUUCAGUUCUUGUUUUCUGGUGUUUAGAUCCAGUUCUGUAUUCUUCUGUGUCAUGGUGUUGUGUCACUUCGCGCCAAGUGUGACUACCCCCUGUGGAUGCAGUAUGCCUUGAUUGGUUACAUGAUCUCUUUCCUUAUCCUCUUUUCAAAUUUCUAUGUUCAGUCUUAUUUUGCUAAGAAGUUUAAGAAGCAAAAACCAAUUGAAGCAAAUGGAGAAAUUGUAACAAAUGGCUCAGCCAACUCUCUUGAAGAAAAGAAGAAACACUACUAGUCUGGGAUAUUUGCUAGGUCUGGUACUGUAGUCAGGGCUCUCAAGUGUCAUGCAAUGAGUGAGACCUACUCAAACUAAUCCAGAACUAUUAGUUCUCAGACAAUUAAGGUUUCUGAUUUUAAUUGUUGAUUUUUGAACAGCAAACUGCUGCCUUAGUUAAGUAGAUAUAAAAUUAAUGAUCUCUUUGUAUUUGCUUCAAACACUUUCCAACAGUGGAAAUCUUGCUCUAAAUAAAGGAAUGCAAAUGUUGGUUGCUUCCUUUUUUCAGAGUAUGCCCCCUUAACUCCUAAGGUGGGUGCUGCCUGUGGUGUUUCACUCCACCAGCAAAUCAACUUGAGAGCUCUUUUUAUAAUAUAAAAAAAAUAAUCAGAAAAUAAAAACAAAUCAACAAAGAGAGAAAGAAGAAAAAAUCUUAAUAUAUUAAAAAAAUAGAAGGCACUUUAGGUACAGCCUUUAUUGACUAGAAAUUAUUAGAGGCAUGUACAUGUUGUGUAUUAUUUUAACUUGCUUGGCAAGUGCUGCAGAUUAUUUUUGAUCUCAUUCAUUCUAAAAUAUACACAAGGAAUUUAGAAAUCACCUUUAAACAGAAUGCAAUUCCUUUGCUUAGCUAUUAUUAAAGCUUUCUGUUUGAAUCUUUUUGAAAAUGGUGAUGUUGUGGGCAGUUCCUGUGUGAAGUUAUUCUUCUGUAAAAAAUUAUUGGAUAGAGGACUGGGAAGAAGUCUGAUAGAGACCUGCUCUCUCUCCAGAUUUCAACAAAUCAGAGUAUCUCCUUUCCAGUACCUUUGCUUAAUUUUAUCACUUCCAUAGGUGAGUAACAGCUAAUUUCUCCUUACAUUGUUUGUAUAUUACCCAGAAGAGGUUUAACCCUUUAACUCCCAGCUCAUAUUUGUAAUUCUCCUUAACAUCAACCAUACGAUUCUUAUGAUGUUAGUUCAGAGAAUUUAACAUUGAAUCAACUAAUUAUCCCCAAAUUGAUAUUUUCUCUAUUCUCAUCACUUAUCUGGUUGAUAU